AUGGAGGAGACAGAAGAAGGUCAUAGCAAUCAGGCUGACUACAUCCCUGAACUUGGCUCUGAUUGGCUAGAGAUUCAAAUCAAGAAGUGCGAUGAUGUAAAGCUUGGGUCCUUUGACAAUUAUUUUCCAAGGAAAGUAGAUGAUCGCCCAAACACAGCAAAAUCUACAAGAAUUCCAAUGACAGCAAGCUACUUUGGGAGAAACGAGACAAACGGUGACGCAUCCAGACUGUUAGUUGCAGCUACUGUCAAUAGGAAUAGCGACAACAAUACUGUCAAAAGUGUUGAUCAUGGUCAUGCAAUGUACUCACUUCUACUGUCAUCAUUCGCCAGUGAACUGAGUCAACAUCAACAAAGAGUGUUCACGGCACUUUUAUUUUAUACAAAAGUGCAUGGCGCUGCAAACAAGGCAAACACAACUAUGCUUCCACUUUGUGUCCCAGAAGAGCCAAAGGUACUCCGGAAACUAUUCACUGAUGGUACCAAAUCCAUUCGAGAAGUUCUUCCCCGACCAACAAUCCAAAUCCUGGGUACCUCUGGUAAUCUUCCAGUACCAUUUGGCAAACCGGAAACGGCUGGAAGCACUUGUGGACCUUCCCUACAGUGCUGCCAUUCGGACCCUCCAUGGAUCUUCACCACGGGGAAAGAAACUCACAGCGUCAUGUGUCGAGGAUUCCAAAGAUGCUAUUCCGGUUGA